GCUCCGCCCCCGAGCUCGAGGCUUUUGUAAAGGGUCACGUUGCGCUGCAGCAGUGAAACAGGAGACUCCUCUGCAUCCUCCGCACCCAGCUCACCUGCACUCUCUCCUCUCACAGACAGACACCCACCAGCAGUGAUCAUGACUCACCAGUACCCCGCACUGACUCCUGAGCAGAAGAAGGAGCUGCAGGACAUCGCUCAGAGGAUAGUCGCCCCAGGGAAGGGCAUCCUUGCAGCUGAUGAAUCCACCGGUAGCAUGGCUAAGCGCCUGAACCCCAUUGGGGUUGAGAACACAGAGGAGAACAGGCGUCGCUACCGCCAGUUGCUCUUCACAGCCGACCAGCGCAUUGACAACUGUAUCGGAGGGGUCAUCUUCUUCCAUGAAACCCUGUACCAGAACACCGACGACGGCACCUCCUUCCCAAAGCUCAUCCAAGACCGCGGCAUUGUUGUUGGCAUCAAGGUGGACAAAGGUGUUGUUCCCCUCGCCGGAACAAAUGGAGAGACCACCACUCAGGGUCUGGACGGGCUGUCUGAGCGCUGUGCACAGUACAAGAAGGAUGGCGCAGAUUUCGCCAAGUGGCGUUGCGUGCUGAAGAUCAGCGAAACUACACCAUCUGAGCUGGCCAUCUUUGAGAACGCCAAUGUCCUGGCACGUUAUGCUAGCAUCUGCCAGCAGAAUGGUAUUGUUCCUAUUGUGGAGCCUGAGAUCCUUCCUGACGGAGAACAUGACCUGAAGCGUUGCCAGUACGUCACUGAGAAGGUCCUAGCUGCCGUGUACAAGUCUCUGUCAGACCACCAUGUGUACCUGGAGGGGACUCUGCUGAAACCCAACAUGGUGACAGCUGGACACUCCUGCCCCACCAAGUACAGCAGCGAGGAAAUCGCAAUGGCUACCGUCACUGCCCUGCGCCGCACCGUGCCUCCUGCAGUCACAGGAGUGACCUUCUUGUCAGGUGGCCAGUCUGAAGAGGAGGCCAGCAUGAACCUUAAUAGCAUCAACACCUGCCCGCUUGCCAAGCCUUGGGCCCUGACCUUCUCUUACGGCCGCGCCCUGCAGGCCUCCGCCCUGAACGCAUGGAGAGGAGAACUGAGCAAUGAGAAGGCUGCCACUGAACAGUUCAUCAAACGUGCUGAGGCUAACGGUUUGGCCGCCCAAGGCAAGUACGAAUCUUCAGGAACCUGUGGUGCAGCAGGGCAGUCCCUCUACGUGGCUAACCAUGCCUACUAAACAUGGAAAGACCACACUGAGCUGUGGCCUAGUCGGAUUCUAUAGUAUCUGCUCUGCUAUUUUCCUUCUUAUUCCUCCAUCAAUCACUGGCCUGCGCUGUCUGGUGUACUUUAAAUUGUCAGAGUUAUCAAAAUUACUUUAUUAGAUAUACGUAUUUAAAAACAAAAUGUGAAACGACAAGACUAAAGGGAACCAAGUUCGUUUUUCUUUCAUCUUAAUCAGACAAAUCAAAGAUUUUAACAAUUCUGAAGUGGAUUUUAUGACCUGUCUACCGUCGGUCUCUACCAGUUACUCUGUUCAGAGACAGGAAGUCAGAAGCUGCUAAAUUUUAACAGUUAGAUCAAGAUAAUCAGCCAGUAUUUCAUUUAUGCCUCUCCUUAACUGCACCUGUUGCUACACAGGGUGCUUACUCUCCCCACAUGAUAGAUCUGGAGCCCCUCUCUCUAGCAGGGAGGGGUGUGUGUCAGUGUUUCGCUUCCGUCUGAACUCAGUAUUGCCUCGUCUUCACAAUGCUACGCUAACAUCCCUCCCUGACCGUGGGACCAACCGGCUACUAGUGGCAUCAGUGUAUCUGUUCGAGGGCAAGACGUUUCAGAUUGAGUCGACCUUUUGAGCGACCGACCAAACGUGUGGAGUUGUACUUGGUUGUACUUUCAGACAGCUGUAGCUCCAGCAGAGGUCAGCAUACUCUCUGCAGUAGACAACAACGCACACCAGGAUUCAUUCUAACCUUUCUGUUCACGCUUCUAACCACCACUAAUUAGAGAAACAUCUUGUGUGUCUAAUCUCAGUAUAACAUUAGCUCUAAAUUACACACAGUACUUAAUGUAUUCAGUUGUGUGAAGGUGUCGAUAUCAUGUAAUGCUUCUGUGUUAUCCCCCCUCCUGGUUUCCCCCAAGCUCACCCCACAGGGAGGGGAGAUGGUUUCUGUUAUUGUGGACCAAUGUGUGGGUUCGGCAGUGGGGGAAACAGUCACUGCUGUGUUGGAUUACUGUGAUGUUUGUGAUGUUAAUAUUGUUCUUGAAGCACUUGGUGUGUCAAAUAGUGGAGACCAAUAAACUAAAAUAAAACAAAAA